UAUCCAGUAAUCAAACGGUUUUAUUCAAGUUUUACGGUAAUGGCAAAUAUGAAAGUAGAAUUUAUUUGCCGGUUCUGUGCCCAUGUUGGCGAUAGUGUUUCCCUUCACACUGCAGCGGACUUUGCAAAGAAUAUUACACUAGCAGAGGUGGUUUCUGAAAUUGCACAGGUGAGCGUAUCCUCAGUAUCUGACCGUGGAAGCCAACGCAUUUGUGUACUUGACUGUCUACCUCGGCUUGCGAAUUGCUAUUUGUUUAGAGAGCAGAUAUGUCGUGUGGAAGCUGCAAGGGACGAUAGCUCUGUUGCAGGUGAUAAAUUUGAAGCCGUAGCGUCUGAGCAUGAAUACGAAACAGAAUUUUUAGUUUAUGAUGAAGAGAGCUACGAAAAGGAUGAUAAAAUACUGAACCCCAGCACAAGAGAUGAGGCAGUUGCGAUACCAAUUACAUUACCAUCCGUAGAACAGAUAGUUGCCCGUUUUGAAUUUGAAAAUUUUGAAUACAUUGAAUUUCAAGGUGAAACUUGUUGCGGAUGCGGGCUCAUUCUGAAAGAUAUAAAAACGCUGCAAGAACAUGCUAUAACGCAUCAGAAUACAUCAAUGCAAAGCAUGACUACUUCUUUCCUCUGCUCCAUAUGUAAAUUUGAUUUUGAAUGCGCGGAUGAUCUUCAGAAGCAUAAGGAUUACGUCUCUAGGAAAGAACGUUUUCUUUGCAAGCUUUGUCAUCGUGUAUUCAGCCGUAAAGAGGAUCUUGUAGUUCAUAUGGAAUCGGUCGAAACUCAUCAACUACAAAGUGAGCCUGAUGAGUCGAAAAUUGAAGACAAUCUUCUCGUCGAGCCUCCUGCGGCAGAAGGCGAAGAUGUUGAGAUCGUGUUUGAUAUACAGGAAACAGAUGCCAAAAGUAGAACGGAGCAAUGUCAGCAGUCUCACCGGUUGCCUGACAAAAAGUUUAUCAGUUCCAUUGUUGAUCACGGACAGUAUCAAAUAAUUCUAGUCGAAAAUGCAGAUCGCUGCUGCGGAUGCGGGAUAUAUUUCGAAAAUUAUGACCUUUUGCUGCAACAUGCCAACCAGGAACAUCAGUUCGAUAAGUCUAUACCACCCGAUAGCUUAUGCUGUGAGAUUUGCCAUGAGUGCUUUAAAAGUCCAUGGGCUCUUAAAGUUCAUAAAUCGAAUCGUAUAUUUGUAAAACAGCUGUACUACUGUAAGUUGUGUCAUGUAGCUUACACACGAAAGUUUCACUUAAUAAAACACUUCCAAUCUGCUCCAAACCAUGAGACACCCGAUAAACUCUUGGAAACUACACAAACAAUUGGAUCUAAAAAGAAAAAAACUGCAAACGAUAGAUCAAAGAAUAUUGAACCGACUUUUGCUUGCUGUUUUUUAAAGUGUGCGAGCGUGUUUGAAAGCGAAAAUCAACUCUUAAUUCACGUCGAGCAACAGCAUGCGCCUCGAAGAAAAAUACAUUUGUCAGAGCAAACUAGCGACAAUCAUGUCUGCACUACGUGUCUGAGAAAUUUUGGUUCCCAACAACUAUUGCUUCUUCAUCGCAAUCGAACUCUGAAAAAGGUUCACAUAUGUAGCUACUGUGCAGAAGCUUUUUUGAUUCCGAGUAAAUUACGGGAACAUGAGCAACUUGUUCACUCAGAGAAUGUUCCCCAGCACCCAUGUGACUUGUGCAACAAGACAUUUCGAACCGCGAAUCUGUUAAAAAUGCAUCGCCACACUCAUACAAAGCAACGAGAUUUUGCCUGUGACAAAUGCGGAGCCCAAUUUCGUUUUAGAUUUCAGCUAAAGAAGCACGUUAACGGAGUUCAUCCGACCAACUUUCCCUAUGAGUGUCGAUUUUGCGAGAAAAAGCUAUCUACCAAAGCGAAGCACGAUCUGCAUCUGCGCUCGCACACUGGAGAAAAGCCCUACCUUUGCCGUUAUGAACCAUGCGGGAAACAGUUUUCGCAUGUCACCGAUCGUAAACGUCACGAAAUGGGAGUUCACACUGGCGAGCGACCUUACAAGUGUGAGCAUUGUUCAGCUGCCUACAUUAGGAAGCGUGAACUGUUGAUACAUUCGCAAAAACAUCAGCGGCAGGUAUCCAGCAUCUAAGACCGACAGAAAAUAAUGAAUGUUUUUGUUUCAAGAAAGGAAGGUUUCUCAGUUAUAUUAAUUAUAUCAUCGCAUUCAUAAGCACUAGAAUAUACUGUUUGUUUGUCAAAAACGAUGUUAGUACAAAGAAACUGAUUGC